AUGACGGGGCCAAGAAACAAGCGGCUGGAGGAACUGAAUCACACAGAGCCAAGAUUGGUAUCCAAAGAUGAUCAGUGCUCGGGAAGACUGGAAGUGCAGUAUGGUGAAACCUGGGGAACCGUGUGUGACCGGGCCUGGGAUAUGGAUGAUGCCAAUGUGGUGUGCAGUCAGCUUCAAUGUGGAGUCGCCGUGUCUGUUCCGAGAGGGGCUUAUUUUGGAAAGGGAACUGGCCUUGUACGGAACGAUGUAUUUGAAUGUAAGGAAAGCGUGAAGUUGAGGCUGGCGAACGGGGGCAGUCCAUGCACCGGGAGAGUGGAGGUUAUCAACAAGGGGAACUGGGGGACUGUGUAUGAUGGCGGUUGGGACCUGCAGGACGCGGCGGUGGUGUGUCGGGAGCUGGGCUGCGGCGCCGCCACGGGAGCCCCGGGCGGAGCUCACUUUGGACCGGGGUCCGGACCCGUUGUGACGUAUAAUGUUGAAUGCAGCGGGAGCGAGGCCGCUCUGCGGGAGUGUAGAUCACCGUCAUGGGGGAACUAUGCCGCUCUACACUCCCGGGAUGCCGGCGUUAUCUGCGAAGAUCACAGAGAGCCAAGAUUGGUAUCCAAAGAUGAUCAGUGCUCGGGAAGACUGGAAGUGCAGUAUGGUGAAACCUGGGGAACCGUGUGUGACCUGGCCUGGGAUAUGGAUGAUGCCAAUGUGGUGUGCAGUCAGCUUCAUUGUGGAGAAGCCGUGUCUGUUCCGAGAGGGGCUUAUUUUGGAAAGGGAACUGGCCUUGUACGGAACGAUGUAUUUGAAUGUAAGGGCAAUGAGACAAGCCUAUGGGAAUGUCCGCGUUCUUUAGGAACUCUUCAUUGCAACCACACGAGCGAUGUCAGUGUGAUCUGUUCUGGUGAGUGCCAGCUUUGGAAACUAAUUAUUAAUAAGGACUCAUUAUACUUGGAAGAUAGGGAUGAGAUCUCGCCAUUUACUUUUAUCAAAGGGUUAUAA